AUGCGUCGCCGCACCGCCCCUGUGCUGCCAGAUGAUGCAGCAGCAGCAGUGGCGACGAUGCUGCUUGCAGUGACGACCAUCAUCAUGAGCAGCGGGCCGGCUCGUUUCGUUGCUGUGGUACAGGGUGCGCAGUGCCAGGCGACGUACAACGGGUUUAUGGGCACCCAAUGCGACACGACCGCGACGACGUGCGCGUUGCGGUGCUCCCAGGACGGGCCAACCACAUCUGUGCUCUGCGAUGACAUCCCCGAGGACGUGGACUGCGCAGGUGCCAUCUGCUCCACCUGCUCCUGCAUCAACUCGAAUGCGGAGAUCUACUGCGACGCCAACCAGCUGGCAUUUCCUUCCGGAAUCCCCGUUAACACGCAGUUCCUUCGGUGGCAGGUUGAGCGCGCAGACAACAUCAACAUCGCCACACUGGACAGCACCUUCAUCCGCUCCAGCAACAGCCUCGCCAGCGUGCGCCUCGUCGGCGUGCACUUCAACACCGUGCAUCCCAGCUUCUUCCAGUCCCUGUCGGGGAUCAACACGGUGGAGAUUGCCAGCGCCGAUCUCACCACCUUUCCGUGGCAGGUCCUUGAGGACCUCACUGCCCUGCUGCGGCUGGAGCUGACCAGCAAUCGCCUGCAGAGCUUCGACGCCAGCGUCACCCUGAAAGCGCCCACGCUGCGCGUUCUGCAGCUCUCCGCCAACCGCAUCAGCCAGUUCACGCCGCUCCCAGAGGGCGCCGUCCACCCCAACAUGUACCAGCUUGUGAUGCGCAGCAACCCCUUGCCGACAGCGGCCAACCUCACGCGCGGCAUGCCGAACCUGAGCGUCCUCUCGGUCGGCGAGACGCGGUUCACCUACUUGCCCCGGUCCAUCGUCGACCCGGGCAUCGACCCGCUCCUCACCUUUGAGGUCGCAGUCUCCGCUGUCGUGCACAUUCCAUUUGCCAUGGUCACGGACAUUGUUGUGCACCCAGCGACGGGGCUGCUGCCCGUCGUCAUCGCCAGCAGCCCGUCCACGUGCGAGUCUGUGCAGCGGCAGGGGCGAAACGGACACACGUACCUCGACUUUGUCUGCACGUGCGAGAUGCACUACGACACGUUUGUUGUGACGCUCACAGACAUGACACACUGCCCGCUCCCACUGCGGCUGGCAUGCCCGCUGGGGAAUGUGCCGCUGAAGCAGCUGCGCCUGGACCAGUUCUGCGACGGCACCCCCGACUGCGAGAAUGGCAUUGAUGAAAUCUGCCAGCAGGACUCGCGCCUGCGUGCCCAGGACCCACCAGGCUGCCUCGACACACUGCUUGGCCUGCCCACCCCUGGCAGCGGGCGCCUGGUUCUGUCGAUGACCAACGGCCUGGCCACGGGGAACAUCACGCAAGAUGGCAACACGUAUGCCCGGCUGCGGAGCGUGUUCCACGGCGUGCGGGAGCCAAACGUGGACGUGAGCCUCCGCUUUGCUGGCUACUUGGUGGAUAUCGACGGCAUAUACAUUCCCCUCCCUGCAAGAGGCAUCCAGUCGUUCAUGGGCGAAACGCACAUGCGCGUGUACACGAGCGGGCGCACCACUGGCCCGCACUGUGACGUGCGGUGGAGAGACGGAUCAGGGGUGCCAGACCCACUCCCAGACAGCGCUUUCGACUACCCAGAGUCUGUCGACGACAACCCGGCCCUGCUCGAGGUCCUGCCGUCAUAUGAACAGAUCUUGGGCAUCAUCCCUUCAUCUUCAUCGACCACGCCCCUCGGCCCCGGUGCACAGUCAUCCUCGUCGCAGUCAACGAGCACGUCGGACCCGGGGUCCGGUUCGCCAAAGGACAGCAAGUCCUCCUCCAACGCUGUUGGCGCAGCUGUGGGCGGUGUCAUUGGCGCUGUCGUCUGCAUUGGUCUCCUCUUCCUCGUGCUUCGCUCCCGCAACUUGCAGACGUGCCGCCACGACGAUGGCGAGGGGCUGGCAGGAGGUGGGGCGCGCAAACGCUCAAGCCGCUUCUCUGCCGACGCUGGAGUCACGGGCGACGUGACAGAUGUGCUCCUGCAGCGCUCAAAGCGCGUGUUUGCUGUGGAGUACCCAAAACUUGUGGCAGACACGGAUGCGUUUGAGUCCGCGUUUCGCUCCAAGUUUGUGGAGCAGAGCGGCGUGCGCUUGGGGCAAGCCCUCGGGCGCGGGCGGUUUGGGCCCAUUCACGAGGCGUCCAUGUGCAACACCAUGAUGACAAACCCAAUGCACGCCGCGCAGCAUCGCAGCGACGACAUGGCCCUGGCAGAGACAGUCACGGCGCAGCUGCUCACGCACGAGGACCCAGACGUGCAGUUGGAGUUUCUGGUGCAGGCGCGCGUGCUGCUUGCCCUCUCCCGCCACCCAAGCGUCCUCGCCCUUCGCGGCGUCGUUGUCGAUGCAUCGCCCCUCAUGUGCAUGACAGAGGUGAUGGCGCAGGGCACGCUGGCGCAAUUCUUCCGACAACUCAACAGCAGCGGCAGCACCAGCAGUGGCAGAAGCAGCGGCCACCACCACGGCGCUGUUGCACAAGCAGAUUUGUUGCAGUGCCUGCACAAGGUGGCGGCGGGCCUCACGUUCAUCGAGUCCAAGUACAUUGUGCAUCGCAACCUGUCGCUGGAGGCCAUCCAUAUUAGGCAGUCGCUUGCAGACGUGCGCAUCAGCGGCUUUGCCCUUGCUCGAAACGUCUACCGCACAGAUGUGUACCUCAGCCACCACCACCAACAGCAGCAGCAGCAGCAGCAGCAGCAGCAGCAACAACAACAGGAACACGAGCAAAAUUGGGCGAAGCGACUCUCUGCGUCCAGAUUGCACGCAAUGCCAUUUCCCGCGUGGGGAAACAACAGCAGCAACAGCAGCAACAGCCACAGCAAUGCUGUGAGCAGCAGCAGCAGCGUUCAGGGCGGUGGGGACGAUUCGCGGUGGCCGCUGCUGCGGUACAGUGCUCCGGAGGUGCUUGAGGACGGCGAGUACACCACCAAGACGGACGUGUACGCGUUUGGUGCCAUCAUGUAUGAGGUGCUGCAUCUUGGCCAGCCCUUUCCAGUGCAAGGAAGAACGCCAUUAGAGGCGGCGGCAAGCGUGCGUGCAGGCACGCCCAACCUGCAACCAUCCACUCACAUGCCGCCAGUCUUGUUGUCCGUGGUGCGCCUGUGCACACAUGUGCAGCCGCGCUUCCGGCCCACAUUCGAGGCCCUGCACACCAAGUUGACAUACACGCUUGACAGCAGUGGUGCAGCACCGCCUGGCCCGUACACAGACCACCGCGACGCGGACACGCUGGACGUGUUCGCGACCGAGCAAGGGGCUGUUGGCGCCACUGCCAUGCCCGGUACUGGCCCGCCACGGCAGGCGUCACUGGCUGCGCUGCGGCGGGUUGACGGCGCACAUUUGCACGUGCAAUCACUGCUGCGGAUGCACACCCACGUGGCUGCAUUUGUCACCAACCGUCAGACACGUAAACAAGGCCUGGUGCUCGCGCGACCACACACGGCCAGCGACAAUCACUUCAAGGGCAACAACGACCACGGUGAUGGCGCAAAGGCUCUCGAUGCCGACUACCGGCUGUUCACUCGCCUGUUGCGCGGUGACGCGCGUUUCCUUCCAAUCACCGGGAUGGCACUUGGCGUGCCGCUGCCGCCACAUCGCGAAGGGGGCGGUGCCAUGAGCGUGAACGGCCUGCUCGUGUCGUUGAGUAGCUGCCAGCCACUUGCGGAGCGGUUGAAGAGUCUGCAGACAGGCACUGCGACGCAACACACCCCGGCGCCAACCAGCAACAGCAAAAAUGUGGAGGUGGGUGCGUCCUUUGUGAAGCAGGUACUCUUGGACCUGUGCUUGAGCCUGGAAUUCCUGUGCGUCAACAAGUGCGACGUCAGCCACGUGUGCCUUCAGCUGCUGUUCGUGCAGGAGGAGCGGCUGGCCAUGGCGCUGGUGCCUGUGCCUGCAGGCAACGGCGGUGGCGAGAGCAGCGAGCACCUUGCCCUGGGAGUUUUGCAACGCACGACGGCACAAGUGUGGCAGCGGCUGCCACGUGGGGUUCAGGGCGUGCUGCACGGGGCCCUUCAGCCGUUGCUGUCCCAGCCGACAGGAAUCAGCCAGCAGUCGUCAUCACCGCCACCACGAGGGGUUCGCUCGCUCGCAGAGGCGGUGAUUCUGCUGCAACGGGUGAGCAGCAGCGACAACGGCGAAGUGGACUGGUCGCAGCUUGAGUUUGUCAAGGAGCUUGGAUCCGGCCAAUUUGGGAAUGUGCAGCUGAUGACACUGCACCGCAAGAGGCCGCGCGGUGGUGCUGGUGAAGUCGCGACGACAACGUCCACAGCAGCAGCAGCAGCAGCAGGCUGUAUGCUGGUGGCGGUGAAGACGCUGCUCGAUGACUCGUGCGCUACCGAGUUUUUGGAAGAGAUGAGGCUCAUGCGUGACAUUCACCAUCCAAACUUGGUGAGCAUGCUGUACAGCAUCACGAAGGACAACCCGCUCGGAAUUGUGUUGGAGUACUUGCCCCACGGAAGCCUGGAGGACUGGCUCGCACUGCCCACCACAAACCCGAGCGUCGAGGACACGGUGCUCAUCCUGUACCAGGUGGCGUGCGGGGCUGCUGAGCUGGGGCGCCUGGGCAUUGUGCAUCGCGACAUUGCUGCGCGCAACGUGCUCCUGGGCCGGAACCUGCAGUGCAAAUUGUCGGACUAUGGACUGAGCCGGGUCAUGCAGGUUGGAAGCGAUGAUGACGCCGUGUACUACACCGUCGAAACCAACCGCUCUCUGCCCCUCAGAUGGAUUGCGCCGGAGGUGCUGCUGGCGAAGAAGUUCACGACAGCGUCGGACGUGUAUGCAUUUGGCAUGCUGCUGUUUGAGGUGCUGACCAAAGGCGAGCUGCCUUUUGCGGAGAUGGAUGACAAGGCUCUCGUGCUGCACCUGGCUGGCUUUGCCCGUCGCGUACAAACAGAGUCCCCUCCACCACGUGCACCAUCAGCCAAACCCGACUCCGCCUACCCACCCGUGCUGGCUGCACCUCCACACACCAACCAUGCCCUCGCUGCGCUCUUCUACACCACCACGUGCGCGUGGCCAGCCGCCCGCCCAACGUUCCUGGACAUCAUCGCCAUGCUCGCGCCGCACAAUGUCGACCUGGUGCUGCAAGGGAUUCUUCCCUCCACAGCAGCGCCAACACCAGCAGCGCCGCUCGAACGGCCGGCAUCUGCCACUGCUGCUCCUACACCUGUUGCUGCUGGUGCUGCCAUGACGCUUGCCAACACGUACCGUACCCUCACUCCCAAUCCACACCAGCCGUCACAGCAGCGCCUGAUGUUUGCACAACACCAGAGCCAGAACCAGCAGCAGACACAUCCUGUUGGUGAUGGUGAUGAUGAUGACGAAUCACAUUUGUAG